UAAUUCAAUCGAAAUUAGGAAAGUCCCAAUUUAGCAGAAGAGAAACGAAAGAAGCAAAGAGAGCAACAAAACUAUGCCUUCAGAUUCACCAUUCUUUCUCCUCCUCCUCCUCCUCCUUCUCCUCUUCUUCUUCUCCACAGCCUUCGCUCUGCUCUCAGUAGGCUCCGCCACAAUCGAAGAUGGUGAAGGCGAAAGGAUUGGAAGUAGAAUGCUUCUGGGUCUCAAAGAAACCCCUCAUGGAACUAACUCGACCUUUGAAUGCUCUCCUAAUGGUCCCUGUGUUCCUUGCCAAUACUCUGAAAAGAACAAUGAGAAGUAUCGCUGCAGUGAGACUGGCUAUCGCAUCCCUUUGAAAUGUGUGGAAAUUAAGCAAGGGUUAAAGGAUGCAAAGGCAAAGAUAGGCUCUAAGAAGAGUAGAUCAACUCUGGAAGUUUCCCACAACAUUUCAGAAUUGCAUAAUGCGGAAGAGCUCGGUACUCUCUUAAAGUGUAGAAGUUUACUGGAUGAUUCUUCUACAGAAGAGAAUGGCAAGCAGGCUUACAUUACUUACAGAAGCUGUAUACCACCAGUUAAUGAAGAGAAGUUGUCAGUGCUUGGUUUUGAGGUGAUUGUCCUGUGUUUGCUAGUCAUUAGUGGUUCUAUUGUAUACUUCAAAAAAAGGCAGACAGCUACAAUGGCAGGAUUUUCCCGAAUUCAGAGCAACGCAAGGUUUUAAAUGCAAAGCCUGUGCUAAAUCAGAAGUCCUUUCACACUAGCUGCCCUCAGUUUCUCCAUCUGUAUGCUAUUUCAUGUAUUGAAACGAUUCAUAGAAACCAGUUCUCUCUGUAAUAUUUUUUUGAUAACGACUAUGAUUCUUUGUUUGGAAUGAAACUGCAGAAAUUUGCCACUA